UGAACACAUGAAGACACGCCCACCUCUCGCUUUUCCAGCUCCGUCAUUGGCUGUGUCUUUACAUAUUCUGCAAGCUCUCGGGCUAUUGGCCAAACUCUCACACCAACGAUUUCAUAAAGCAAUUUUUCGUGGGAAGUUGCGUGAAAGUGUGUGUGUAUUUGUAGGAAAAAAAAAAACCCUUCUGAUGUCCGCGGUAUCAACAGCUCCAAUUAGCCAACCUUUAUACGCCGGGUUUGCGUUUCUCCCCGUUGUCCUCUGGCUGUCAAUCGCUGCAGGAUUUGUUGGGAGUUUUCGGAGCGCCUCUCUGCAUCUGCGAGGAUGCCGCUGUGCCUGCUGUUCUUCCUGCUUGCCCACUCCUCGGCUCAGCGGUCGGAGCCCAUGUUCUCUGCUGUAACCAAGACCGCUCUCCGUCCGGACUACGAAAACAACCCCAGUCAGCUUAACUACGGCAUGGCUGUCACUGACGUGGACGGCGACGGAGACCUGGAGAUAUUUGUAGCUGGAUACAAUGGUCCAAACCUGGUGUUGAAGUACGAUAAACAGAGAAAAGGGCUCAUCAACAUCGCCGUAGACGACCCGAGCUCCCCGUUCUAUGCGCUGAGGGACCGUCAAGGCAAUGCCAUAGGAGUGACAGCAUGCGACAUAGAUGGAGAUGGACGGGAGGAGAUUUAUGUCCUCAACACCAACAAUGCCUUCUCUGGUCGGGCAACGUACUCAGACAAACUGUUCAAGUUUCGCAACGGUCGCUUUGAGGACCUGCUGAACGACGAUAUAAACGAGCACCGGGACGUGGCCAACACCAUGGCCGGGCGCUCUGUGGCCUGCAUAGACAGAAAGGGUACCGGCCGCUACGCUAUCUAUAUCGCCAACUAUGCCAACGGAAACGUGGGACCUCACGCUCUUAUAGAGAUGGACGAGGCAGCCAGUGACCUCUCUGAGGGAGUCGUUGCCCUCUCCAAUGUUGCAGAGCAAGCUGGAGUUAACAAACUAAUUGGGGGAAGAGGUGUGGUGGUGGGGCCAAUUGUUAGUCAAACUCUAUCUGAUAUCUUCUGUGACAAUGAGUACGGAUCCAACUUCCUGUUCAGAAACAACGGCGAUGGAACUUUUACUGAUGUUGCACAGCAGGCUGGAGUGGAGGACCCCAUGCAGCAUGGCAGAGGCGUGGCACUGGCAGAUUUUAACCGUGACGGCAGAACUGACAUUGUGUACGGGAACUGGAAUGGACCUCACCGCCUAUACAUACAGCUAAACAACCGCAAGCAGAAAUUUAAGGACAUAGCUUCCCAGAAGUUUUCCAUGCCAUCUCCAGUGCGGACAGUUAUUGCUGCUGACUUUGAUAAUGACAAUGAGUUGGAGGUGUUCUUCAAUAACAUCGCCUAUAUGGGACCCUCAGCCAACAGACUCUUUAGGGUGAGCAGGAGAGAACAUGCGGACCCCCAGAUAGAAGAGUUGAAUAUUGGGGAGGCCGCAGAGCCUGGUGGACGAGGAACGGGAGCCAUAGCCACAGAUAUUGAUGGUGACGGCCGUCUGGAACUGGUGGUGUCUCAUGGCGAAAGCGCAGCACAGCCGCUGUCUGUCUACAGAGUCAAUCAGGGCCUCACUAACUCAUGGCUCCGAGUGAUUCCCCGAACCAAGUUUGGAGCUUUUGCCCGAGGAGCUAAAGUGGUUGUCUACACAAAGAAAAGCGGCCCACACACACGGAUUAUUGAUGGGGGCUCGGGGUAUCUGUGUGAGAUGGAACCUGUCGCUCACUUUGGCCUUGGCAGGGAUGUGGCCACAAAUGUUGAAGUGUACUGGCCAGAUGGGCGCUCAAUAGCCCGUCCUCUGGAGCCUUCAGAGAUCAACUCAGUGCUGGAGAUCCCCUACCCAAACGAUGAGGAGGAAGUGACUCCUACUGUGGAAAUCGAGUGCGGUCAUGGAUUUGCUCUAAAUGAGUUUGGCCGUUGCACAGAUAAAGAUGAAUGCACCCAGUUCCCCUCUAUGUGCCCCUCUGACCGUCCCAUCUGCACUAAUACCUACGGCAGCUAUAAAUGCCGUGCCAAGAAGAGAUGCAACCAGGGCUUUGAGCCCAAUGACAAUGGGUCUGCCUGUGUGGCCCAGGUGGCUUACUUUGGAAGGACGCACUCUUCAGGGGAAUGCAAUGCUUUCCAUAUGCUUACUCUCACUCUGCUACCCGUCAUCUCUACUCAUCUGCAGAUAGGACUGCUGUAGCUUUACUCUUUUCUCCUCCGCUUUACCGCUGAGCGGAGAUGUACAGAAACUGUGUGCAAACUUUUCUCUGAGAAAUAUCCUCCUACUUCUUCACUAUGAAGCUCUGCCGUCUUUUCUUCAUCGGUUACUGUAUAUACCUGGUUGUCACCGCUGCUGUAUUUUGCCCUGUGGCUCCUGGCCUCCUCUGGGAGCUUUGCCGUGAGCUACAGAGAUCAGAACUGUCACCUGUGGACCCCUGAUUUCAUUGCCUGGCAUUCAAAGUGUGAUCUGAACUGAUGCCAAGUCAAUAAGGGAAGCUUUAGUAUACCCCCCGCACAUUCAGAGAUGAAUCCACCGAGCAUGUUUGUUGGAGACAUCCCACCUGUAUCUCUGCCAUACCACAAUGUGUAUUAAUCAUUACAGAUCUUUCUCACCUUGAUUAUAUGUUUACUGAAAAGCAUAUGAAUACAAAGCUUUAGGUUGCGUGAAUGUUUUCGUCUGUGUGGGCGACGUGUGUGUGCCUGAUUGUGCGUGGUCCAAUGAAGUGUUCAGGUACAGAAACAUAUGCUGGACCAUCUGUCGCAAAUGGCAGGACACAUUUCUUUUUAUUUAUUUAUUUAUUUUUAGGAAUAAAUUAUGAAAUAAAAUGGAGCAGAAAAUGGAUGCAAGGCUGUGUGUGUGUGGAGAAACGCAUACAGAGUGUGAGACUACAUCUGAUGAUUUGAAUGAAACAAACACUGAAAUGAAAUCAUGCGAAGGUGUCAGGAAGACUUACAAUACUUUACAAUGUUGGGUUGUUUUUCACACUAGCAUCAACAUGUUGAUGAAUUCACAGUAAGAUCUGCCUUUGCAAUUUCAAGUGUACAAAUCUAAAUUUGUGUAUACACAUUGUGUACUACCAUUUAUCUUUGCACAUCCCAAAUGUAUAUAGUUUAAUAUUGCAUUGUUCAUCUUUGCUUUUGUGACCCUGAGCCAUAUGCCUGAGGAAAACCGUCUAGAUUUGCCCCUGAGGUUUUGUGGCAGUGUAGGUAAUUUUUCAACAAUCACACCUUUAAAGUUGAGAGCAAGUCAUAAAACAAGUAGAACUCUUUAUUGUUCUGGUAAUAUGUAUGCUUCAAUAUGUUUUUACAUUGCUAUGUCCUGAGAAGUUAAAAAAAAUACUGUACUGUGGCCAAAAAUAGAAAUAAUGAAGAUACUAACAAGAUCUUGAUGGACAGCUUGACUGUUUCUUGCUUUUCUGCAGGGAAGUGUCAACUCAUAAAUGCACUUUAGGUUCAAAAAGUAUUUCUAACAGAAAUGUGAACCCUCUGUCAUUUUAAAGAUACUUUUUAGAAUAUUUCUGUAUGCUGUUGGACUUACCAAAGUUCUUCUCUGUCAAGAUGAUUUCAGAUGUACUGAGUAAUCCGGAAGUUAAUUUUUACGGAGCUCUGUACAUGAAUAAAAAUGGAUUUAUCGUGUGUUUCUGUCAGGAGACUAUGAAUUGCUCACAGGUGGUGUUUUAUUCCACCAGCUUUUUAUCAUCUAUAGAGAGAGAUACACCAACAUAUUUAGCAGCACCCACUAGUCCUGAAUGUUUCAUAGUAUCAGUUUAUCAGCAACAUUUUUUUUUUCCUGAAAAAUAAAAUGGCAGCAGUCCAUUAAAAAGACAAUAAACUAAAAGUCACUUACUCCGGCAAACCACCAAAUCACAUUGGUGGUUUGCUUUCUGUGGUCGCCAAAGAGUCUGUGGAUAGUUUAUGAAGGUUCAGAAGACCAUGUCCACUUAAGUCAAAUAUUUUAAUAUGUUUUCACUGAAAUAUUUGUUGGACAGUUGACCAGAGGCUGCUGCUAAGGUGAAACUUUAGAGUCAGGAAGAAAGAAAUUUUUUUUUCUCUUUUUUUUCCCCCAUGGACGGACUCGGUUUCAUGACCGAGAAAUGAAAUGUAAUCUUCCAUUUUGCAGGAUGGGUCAGCUAAAUGCAUUGGAAGGACACAGCUGAACGUGUUCCAACAUUACUGCAGGGCUUUCCUUUCCAUAAAAACCAUGAUAGCUCUCAUUACUUCAGCUGGCUGUGUGAUUCCAAUUUGUUAAUUUUAUUUUAAGUGUCUUUUGAAAUCACUUGUUUGUUGAGACUUAGCUGAUGCAAAAAUUUGCUGCAGAUGUUACAGUGCAGAAAAUGAUCUGAGUCCUUAUUGCAUGUAAAUUUAUCAUCUAAAACUAAAUGAAAUGUGUACAAUGUUUUUGUGGGUUCUAAACCCAGAGAGCGUCUCAGAAAUCAUAUAUUGUCAGUUCACAGAUUUGAGUCCAGUGCGAGAGACUUGGUUGAACUUGAAGAAAAUUAAUAAAUGUAAUAUAUUCCACAAAGAUGCAUCAGGUUGUACUACCAACUUGUUUUUAGCAGGAAGCCAGUAUUUUAGGUGGGAGAAGAAAAAUGCAGGUUUUAUCUAUGAACUAUACCUGGGUAGGGAGGGUGAUGUGUUUGUCAUAAUGAGUAGCAGUGCAGGUUUACAUCCAUGAUUCCCCAACUGUUUGUUCUGAGAUGUCCUUGUAUUUAAAAUAAAACCUGAAAUUCAAUGUGAAUUAUGGCAAAGUAAUGGCAUAACCAUGGGAACACAUGGGGUUGCCACAGCAUCUCUAAGGUAACAUAAGGGAUAAAUGUAGUUAUCUUUGGAAAUCAACACUGACUUCUGCGUUACCAGGUUCCUGCCUACGGGAAAUUGUUUUAAUCAAUCA